AUGCCUCUUCCGCCACCCCCUUCUUCACCCACACCCCCUUGCCCAGCAUCUCGAGACUCCCUGAGUUGCAACAGGGACUUUCUGCGAAGUCUUUUGGGAGGUCUGCGCAUAGCACAGCUGCUGUCGGGUGCUGUCUGCUGGGUGACUUUAGCAGCGCACAAAUAUGAAGGUGCAACCUAUUUUGCAGUCUUUGCGGCUGUUCUGGUGUGGCUGCUAACCUUGGCACUCUUUGGGCUCAGCUUGUUGGGCCGCUGGUCUCUUGUGCCGGUGCUGGGAACCCGGUGGCUCUUGACAAACAUCGUACAUGACCUGUUGCUUGGAGUCAUUCUCUUUGCUGCUGCUGCAGGGAUUAUGAGCCACAAGACCCAGAGUGUCAGCUACUGCAACCUGCCAGGCUAUAGCCAGCCCUGCAGUUAUAGUGCCUACUUGACCGCGGCUGUCUUUGCAGGCUUUGCUGCCUUCUUAUAUCUGGUCUCAGGAUUCUACUGCUUGGUACGACGUUCCCAGGGACACCAAGAUAUAAUCUAAGAGAUGUGAAAGAAAGAUGGAAAGAGAUGAAAAGAUCCUUCUUCAGCCAGCCAGACAAGCUUCACACACAUUAUCUAUCCCACUUCCUGGUAGAGACACAGAACAUCUCCUUAUCUCUAUUGCAUUGAUGGAUGCUCUUGCCUGUAAACAGUCUGGCCCUCUUCAUCAACAGAUGAAUACAUCCUUUCAGUACACAGAAACUAUGGAUGGUCUGUCCUUGGGUCUUCUCUAUCUCUCUUCUUCCUUCUUUUCACAGGUGGGUCACUGGGAGUCUGGAAAUAUUUGGCCUGGCCUGUGAUUCCAGCAAAUGUGAAUGCCACAGGAAGUCUAUAGCGAUUCAGUGUUGUUAACAGCCCUUACAGGAUCAGAUUUAACUUAGCUUGUAGUCCUUGCCCAUAUGUUUUUACAACAUAUACAUAGAUUCUCACUCGUGCUGAAUUAAUGUUGAGAAAUCUUUAACCUUCACGCUUUAGGGUGCCCCAUUUACUUUAUUAUUAAUAUUUAGAACUUGAAAGGGUACUUUUUGCACAACAGUGUCUAUAAUCCCCAACAAGUAUGGGUAUGCUGUCUGGGGAUUCUGGGAAUUAUAGUCCAAAAUAUUGUUUCCAAAAUCUGUUAAUAUGAUUUCAUUUUAUUUUAGGACUUACAAACAAAAGCUUAAAGGUUAUUCCCAAAGACUGCUGUUACUUUAUUUUUAUUUUGCCCAGUGGUAUUCUUUUCUUGAUCAGAUAUUUAUGACUAAUUAUUUCUUUUUAAAUUUAAAAAUAUGUAUCUAAACCUGUUAUGGACAUUGCAGCUUUUAUAACAUAGCAUUACUCUAGUAACCAAUUCUUUAUUUCUACAAAUAGAGAUAUGAAAACUCAUGCUUGCUCUACCCUUUAACUUGGAAGCUCUGACUUUUCAUCCCAGAUGUUUAUAUCUGAUAUAAUAAGAAGAUGUGCACUGUGCAUAUGUUCAGAUAUUGCCUUUUUAUUACUAUUUAGUAUAUCCAAAAGCUAAGAACUGGUACCAAAGCUGUGCUCCAGAGCACACUUAGAGUUAAUAGGUUUCUCUUUUGAGCCCAGCAAACUAUAGCUGGCCUUUGAACUUAAAUGUUGAUUUCAUUACAGUAUACAUUAACUAAUGCAUUACUUUCAUGAAAUUUCACUGGUCAGUUGUUUCAUAUAAGAGUAAGCCAUCCCACUAAAUAGUAGGAAAUACUGGAGAUCUACUGGUGGGACAAGGAAUAUUGAUGAGACACUGUUCAUAGAAAUGGGAAGGAUGGACUAAUUAUCAUCUGAAACCAGAAUAGGAAUAGGAUUAGGAAUCAGCAUGGAUUACAGAUGAGAAUCCAUACAGCUGGUGCCAUAUAGCCUUGGAUCUAACCCUGGUGUUGGCUGUAUUCAGGAAACAGAUAUUUGGAGUUUAAGGGCCUUGGAAUUCACACACUCCGAGGUCUCUAGUAUUUACAGACUUCCUAAACGUACUCAAGAUCAGGUUCCCAAUGAAAAUAUAUUACAGAGCUAUAUUUCAGCAUCAAGACUGUGAUCAGCACUUGCAUGGCCAUGCAUCAUUCUGAUGUCAUUGUAGAAGCAUCCCUUCAAGAGAUGCCUGCACAAUUUCUGUCUGAGUGAAAUAAAUCUUAACCUUGGUGGAAAGAAACAUAAAGCUUUAUAGCUCCAGAGCAGUAGACAAGAAAAGCUGAGGGCAAAAAAGAGCAAGCAGUUGCUAGGCCACCACUUGAGGAAAUCUAAUACUAUAACUCAAAAAACUGGCAUUUGCCUGAAAAGGGAUCGUGAUGGUGGUCCUUCCCUCAGCAACAAUGAAAAGAAAGUUACAUUCUAUGGAAAUCUCCAAAUAGGGUCAAGGUUUAGAGCAGCUGAAUUCCCAUUUUAGCAGCUGGGAAAUGGGAUUCAAUGGUAUCUGUAGGGUCAGCCAGAGACAUUUUGCUGUCCAAAGUGAAGAACAAAAUAGAACCCUCAUUCCAUGUGCAGAAUUUGAAUGGAUUGGUAGAUGAAUACUUUUUCAGUGAUGUUGUCAGCACAAGUGUCUCAGAUCAGCAAGGCAAUUUAGAGAUUCAGUAAAAGCUUACCUAGUGUAAGGGAACAUGGGUGACCAGGUGAACCCUCCAGCCUUACUCUGCCUAAUUGUAGUGCCAGUUCUAACUGUGGUACCACAUCAGCAUGUUUUGUGACUAGAUGUCACAGUAUCUGGAAUGUGAUACUUGUUGCCAUUCAAACCUUGGAGCCUGGGUCGACCUGCACAACCAGUUCAUACCACAAAAACAGAAGGCGCCAUCACUGUGAUGGAUGGUCAUGCACUAUAUUUUCCACUGCCUGCUCCUGACAGUUAAAGUGCCUCUGAAACACAAAUGUGUGUUGGGGAAGAGAACCCUUCCCCUUUAAAAACUUCCACGGUUUACCUAAUAAUGCCAAACAUCUGAGCAACUACCAUAGAUGUCUUUGAUGAAGAUGCAACAAUUGACUUUGAUUGAGCCAAUAAUUUUCAAAUGGGAUUGGAAGAGAUUGGUUCUUGUUGGAGUCUACGUACCAUCCACCUCAACAAGGGACCAAUUCCAGCAACCCCACAUGGAGAGCCCACUUUCCUUGACCUUUUUUCAGGACACCAUGGUUCAAAGUGGGCUGUGGAAGUUUCCAGAUGUCAUCUCUGGACAUUUGAGAGUGUGUAUUCUGUACUUAAGCACAGCUCUCAGCUGUAUUCAUCUUCAUUAUUGUGCCAUGCUGUGGGAAUUUGAGUAGCUCCAACUUGGGGCACGGAGGAAUCUCUCUGCACCAGAAACCGAAUUUUCUUCUUGGAUCAGCUGGAGUAGAUUGUUUGACCGGGACAAGUCACCUGUGCCUCGGAGAGUGUAUGACACCAUGUUAACCUGGAGGCAACGAGGAAAUUGUUCUGUUUGGAAUUGUGAGGCUCAGACAUCAUGAAUCCACAAAACUGCCAAGGGCUCCAGAUCCAUCAAACAGAGGAAGCAUCUGAGAAAAGAGGCUACUGUAUCAUUACUCCAUGUUCCAUCAUUUUAUUUGGUACAGGGGAGGUUGUAUGUACAUGUGUUGGCUGUAACUUCCCUCAUAGCUGCUGCUUGGUAUCAAGCAAAUAUAGUGUAAAUUUAGGGAAGGACUGUGGCAUCCAUUCAGUUUUGAAUGUUUUGUGCCAUGGUAUGCCAUGUUGGAAAGGUAGUGAAGGUCAGGGCUCUUUUGAUGGGAGGAGAUAAACUCCAAGAUGUUUUAUACUUCAUUUUGUAGGAGCCCCAGCUAGCCAGGCAUUCUGAAGAGUUUCACUCUAUAAUAUUUGGAGGACCAAAGAACUACUGCAGUGAGUCCUAUGAUGCAAGUUUAAAUAAUGAGGCCUUCCAGAUCAUUCCCACUACAUGUGUCCCAUUUUUAUCCUAACCCCCACACCUCAGUUCCUGUACCAGAAUCUAAUUGGGUAUGAAUCUUUCCCAGAGAAGAUGUUCCCAAUCCUUCAUUUUAUUUUGUAACUAAUUCAUCUUCUUAAUAAAAUUGUGUGGAUCAUAGUCUGUUAUCUGUUUAAAUGUGUUUGUAACAGUCCACUUCUUCCAAAAUUUAAGAUUAGGUCUAACUUCUAAUGGUUUUUUUGUGGGGUUUUCAGGCUAUGUGGCCAUGUUCCAGAAAAGUUUCUCAUUAAAAGAAAAAGGCAUAGCCUAUGGCAGGAAAACAGUAUCACAUGUGGAGAGGAUUAGCUAAGUAUCAGGUAAGAAGCAGAAGGUUCUUACCUGAUAUUUGCCAGUGGUCAUGCUGCUUGGGGGAAUUCCAGGAGCUCAAGCUAAAAAAAGGAAAUUUUCCAAAACUCUAGCAAAUAAUCUGUUAUGCUGCAUUAGGCUGACAAUUGUUCUACCCAAAAGCAGCCAAAUUAAUACUCCACCAGCUAUUGUGUAUAUUACUGUUGUUGGAUCUUCCCUUAAGGCUCAAAAUAGAAGGGCUCACCCUUGAUUUCUCUAGUGUGCAUAGGCUACAUGUCUAGGUUGAGGAAAGUGUGGCUCUGCAUAGAGCCUGUGGCUUGAUUGUAUGUGGCUUCAGUAUCAUCUAUUUUGCCAGAUGCUGUGGGUCAACUCUUGCUUUCUGGACUGACCCUUUGGGAAUAAUUUCCUUUUCUGAUUUGUAUGCAAAACAGGGGUGGGUGAUCGAGUUGAGGGGGGAUGAGGUGGCCUGGAGAGAGAAAGAAAUCUGAAAACUUUCAAUGCUGCAAAUUCUAUUUGCUUUAUGUGCUGACUGUGCCUACCAUCAUGUGCAGCCUCUGGUUUAAUUUCCCCAUGGGUUAGUGGCCCUGCAUAGCAAAAAGGUGCCCUACCCCUGUUGUAGAGUAGGCUAGAGUCUUUUAAUUUGUCCAUAUCCAUUACCCUAUGUACCUAGCAGGGCAGACCUCACAUGCUUAGCCUCUGCCUGGGCAUCACAAAAUGUCAGGAUAGAAAUCAGUGUUGGAGAUUGCAUGAAAAUGGCCUAUCAUGCUCUCAUGGGAGUUCCCUGCCAGUUUCUUUUACCAUGUGCAGAUUGUUUUGACUGCCAUCAGCUGGCAGACCAACAUUUUAAACUUUCCUCCCUGUAGGUUAGUACUUCCCUAUCAUCUGUUGUUAUAGGGCAAUACUAGACACACACUCCACACACAAUUCCCACACCUGCACUAAAAUCUAUAUUUAUUGAUUAUCUCAGCUAGAGAGAACUAAUGAAGCAAUGGAAAUCUGGAAAGUCAACACUUAAUCAACAAGUUUAAUUGUUACAAUAGGUCUACCUUUGGGUUGAUCCAGUAUGGUCUCUGGGGCCCCCAUCAACCUGAAAAGGCUCUGGCAACUUGCCAUUUUUGACUUACUAUUCCAUUCUGUUUUGGGAUGCUCCCACCAAAAUAGAAGGGAUGAGUCUUUCUGCCAAAACUGAGUCUGUGACAGAGUGGCUGCAGCCCUUUGGAAGAGCUAAAACACAUUCCCAUCUUUGCUUUAGUGCCUGAAGGUGGUGGUACUCUAAUGGAGAAUAUACUGGUUAACUAAUGACAGAUUUAUACUCUACAUUACCUUUCUUCAUUCUGAUGUCCUCCAGACUUCUUGGACUACAACACCUAUAAUCCCACAGCUCACAUAGCUGUU